GAGCUAUGGACCCUCCACUGCCCAUCUGCCAUAUAUCUACGUACCCCGGAGGUUCACUGAGCUCCCUUUAGCUCUCCUCUUCUUUCUUCCCUCCAUUCCCUCCAGCAAUUGACUUUGUCCCUUUGAAAACACCAUCAAUUCGAGUCCAAUUGACCAUAUCUACUACCUAAAGGACAAUUGAGACCCCAUCAACUCGACCUGCAAUCAUGUCCGCCAAUUGGUCGGACCUCACCUCCGCCCUUUCAGGCAGCUCGUCCAAGUUCACCGAGCUCCUCCAAUCGGACCCCCAGCUCAAAGCAUUCACGACCACGAACGCCAUCGACAAGCCCGUGACAUUCGGCAUCAAGUCCAGCGGCUCUGACAACACGCUCCUCAUUACCGUGACCAAUGGCUCCGCCAAAUCUUCCACCGGCACCUCCAAAGACGCACUCUUCACGCUGUCCGCCCUGCCCGAACAAUGGGAGCAAUUCUUCAAGCCCGUGCCCGUGGCGCCGUACCAGAGCUACUGGGGCAUGUACGGCAUGAACAUCAAGCAAUCCGGCAUCGAAGUCCUCGGGUCCCAAACCUCCAUGGCCCAGUGGACGCACGUCUGGCGACGGGUCCUGGAGCUCGCGCACGACGCCCACGCGGGGCCCAUUAAGGAAGACGAGUACCAGGAACCCACGCAGGACCACCUGGUCGGGCGGUACGUCUUCCUCGAUGCGCCCGUCUGGGGCCGCACCAAGAUCUUCUACGAGGCGUCCGGCGAGGGGAAGCAGGUCAUUGUGUUCCUGCACACCGCGGGGUCGGACAGCCGACAGUACCACGGCGUGAUGAACGACGCGAGGAUGCGGAAGCGGUGCACGAUGUAUGCGUUUGAUCUCCCAGGCCACGGGCGGAGCUUCCCGUCGAAGAACUUGCUUCCGGGGGCCCAUACGACGACGGAGGAUAGCUACGUGGGCAUCAUUGCGGCGUUCGUCAAGACGCUGGGGUUGAGACGGCCCAUCAUUUGCGGCGCGAGCAUGGCGGGCCAGGUCUGUCUGGCGGUUGCUAUCAGACAUAAGGAGGUCGGCGCCGCAGGCGUGAUUCCACUUCAAGGAUGCGAAUACCUCUCCAUGGACCGCCAAUGGCACGACCGCUCCCCCUACGUAAACCAAUCCCUCUUCAACCCAGAAUGGGUCUACGGCAUGAUGGCCCCUCAAACCCCAACCCCCAACAAAAACCUCCUCUGGCACACCUACUCCUCGCAAUCCCACGGCCUCUUCCACGGCGACCUCGACUUCUACUUCUCGGGCUUCGACGCCCGGGACCGCGUCGCCUCCAUCGACACCAACGCCUGCCCCGUCUACAUGCUGACGGGCGCGUACGACUGGUCGAACACGCCCGCGACGGCGCAGGCGACGGCGGACAAGAUCAAGGGUGCGGUGCACGUUACGAUGGAGGGGCUGGGGCAUUUCCCUGCGACGGAGAACCCGGAGAGGUUCGUUGGGUAUCUUGUCGAGGCGGUGGAGCAUGUUCAGCGGGUGAGGAGCGAGGGGUUGAGUAGUUUGCGGUUGAGCUCGGAUUAGAUGGUCCGUGUUUAUGUACAUAGGUGACUGGAAUGUCUUGCAUUUUGUUGAAAGUACGCGGGGUUUAUGUGGUAAUGUGCUGUUUACCUGUUGUGAUUGUGUCGUCGUGACUUGUGGUGCUUUUGGUCAUGUCGGCCGUGAGUUCGUCCAUGUAUGUUCGAAUACAUACCUAGGUACAUAACAUACAUUCACGUACAUGAAGGCAGCGUGAAAACGUAAACACCAA